GCCCCCAAGAUGGCGGCCAGCGUCCCGCUGCUCACCUGGGAUGUUUCACCCAAAAAUGGUGCCAACACAUUUUUCUCACGAGAAAUGUAUGAAGAAUACUCUUUGGGGCCUACUCUAACUGAAUUGCACAUUUUGUCUACAAGACAAGUAGGAGAAAAUGUAGAAGCACCAGCAAACCCUGUGGAAAACGAACCAACCACUAGUGCUCCAGCAGCAGCUCAAGCCAAGGUGGAAAUUAAGAACACAAAAGAGAGUAUUCCUCUUCCACAACCCAGAAUUCCUUAUCCUUAUUUCUCCUGUUUGACUGAAGGAGAGCAGAAGACUUAUGUAUAUUUACUGAACAAAUAUUCAAAAAAGCCUGGUUCCUAUGAAGCCGCUACAUCAAAUAAGAGAGAAUAUUUCCAAUACUUGACUAUGAAAGAGCGCGUGAGCGGUGAGGUUGCAGAGUUUUUGAAGUUUCUACAGAAUGCUGCAAAGAACUGUGCUCAGGAUUAUGAUACACUCUCUGAGGAUGGCAUUCUCUACACUGAGCAUUUUUUAAGGGUUUGCAUUGAACAAGUAAAAAAAUACCCGGAGUGCUACGUACUUCAUGAUACCACUAGCCUAAUGGGAGGGAAGUUUGGCAUGGAAAUGGCAUUAAAGCUAGAAAAAAAUCUACUCAUGUUGGGAAAUGCAAAAUUUGUUAAAGUAUCUUUCCCUGCUAUGCCUGCUGAUCUCCCUGUCGAUUAUAAAAGUAUAACAACUAUGGUUACACCAGAACAGCGAGCUGCAGCACUGCAUGAUGAUAUUAGUAAAGAUCCAAAUGCAGAAAAGCUUGCUUUGAAAUAUCACCCUCACGUGGCUCUAAAUCGUCGGUCAUUGUUUACCUUGUUGAAUAAUCAUGGACCAGAUUACAAGGAACAGUGGGAAAUACCGGUGUGUGUUAAAAUGGCACCUAUUACAGGUUCCAAGUUAGUUAAAGUUGUUUACGUAGACUCCCCACUUCCGAGAAAGGAGAUGACAGUGAGGGAGAAAAACCAAAUUUUCCAUGAAAUUCCUUUGGAAUUUUUGAUGUCCAAAAAGUCAUUUAUUCCCGUCUCUGCCGUCUUAAUGGACAAACCUGAAGAAAACCCAUUCCUGGUGAAUAUGUCUUGUGAUGAUAGUCGAUCCCGAAGUGUUGAGACUUCUGUCCUCGGGGAUUUGGGCUUUGAUGAUGAUGUCACAGAAUUGGAAACGUUUGGAGUAACAGCAGUCAAACCUUCAAAGACCUCUAACGUGACAAGUCCUCCCACUAGGCCUGUAAAUCCUCCUGAGAUUCUGUUGGACAAGUUGAAAGUGGAGAAACAGCUGGUGGCCAGUAUAACCAGCAGUGCAGAAAAAACUAAAAGCCAAGAGGACCAUGCAUUUUCAAAAUGCAGUUAUGUACCAGGUUAUAACCGAGCUCCGUUUCCAUUGCACAGUGAGGAAUUAAUGAGGUCCGAAUCUGAUGAUGCCUCUUCAUUUAAAUGCUUUGAAUCUGAUGAAAAUGAAUCUGAUGAAGAAAGUGGUGUGGUUAUAAUUGAAGGCAGUAACGCAAAACUAAACUCCUUGGGAAAAAUAUAUAACCCUAAGAAAGGAACCAGUGUUUCGGAAACUGAUGAGAUUCAGAACUCGCCUCCUGACGAUAGUAGUGAUACUGAUGAAGAACGUUUAAUUAUUGAUGAAGAAUGUAAAAAUCAUGAUCCUUGCAAGGUGCCUAACGCGUCUCCUAAUUCAAAUCCCACACCGGAUUCACACAAGUCGUCAUCGUCGUCUCCUGGGAAAGCUUCAUUAGAAAGUGUGGCUGGUACUGCCUGCUCGGAACAGAAGAAGUGUGUCUCAAAAAAAGUGGUCAAAAGAUUAUAUAAAGAAUGUGAUCCAGUUGGUCAGAUUUUGAAAAUGCAGACUGAACUCUUAAAACCACCUUUCAAAAAAGUUGCCGAGCAGAACUUAAUGAAUUUCGAUAAUCCUAAACAGCCUGUGGCUCCUUCGGUUUCAGAACAGCCAGAUCUUGGUGCCAGUACCACCAGUUUUCCUAAGCCUAGAAGGACUUCAGUAUUUCAGGAAGAGAAGGAACGCUUGCUCCCGGAUGAUCUUCAGUUUCUUGUCGAAGAUAAAUCUCAGUAUGUUGUCCCUGAAGAAGGCAAUGUUGUUUACAAGUUAUUCAGUCUACAGGACCAACUACUACUUAUCCGUUGCAGUGUCCAGAAAGUACAGACAAGAUCAAUUUCUUCAAAUCAGAAAAAAAUCAGAAAACAAUCUCCAGUAUUUGUGUUACCGAAGUUGGAAUAUCAAGCCUGUUAUGGAGUUGAAGCUCUUACCCAGAGUGAAUUGUGUCAGCUGUGGACAGAAAGUUUAUUGCAUUCCAACUGCUCAUUUUAUGUUGGACAUAUUGAUGCAUUUACAUCAAGGCUUUUUUUCCUUGAAGAAAUUCCUAUGGAUAUGCUGAAAGAGAAGUUUGCAACCCUGAUGUCAGCAAACGCAUUCAACAUCCUUCAGCACAUCUUGAAGAAAAUAACAGAUUUGCAGGAGGGCUCCUACUUGUUGAGCCAUGCCACAGGGGAUUCUUCAGUUUCCAUCUAUAAGAGUUCUAAUGAAAAAGCCACCAGGACAGCCUACAACUUACAUAAAGCUCACUGCAGCAUACCCAGUGUAUCCUCCAGCCUCUCUGUACCCUGGUUGCCGUUAGAUCCCACUGUCCUAUUACCUUACCAUCUUAGUCACAAAAGAGCACCGUGCACUUUUCCACCAAAGCCUCAAGUCUUCACAAAGAAAGGAAAGGUGGACGGAACAAGAGUGCAAGCUCCCAGUCAGAAGAAAAUGCCAAUAUCCAUGGAAACAGAAGGUGGUUGUUUGCCUGCUCAGCAAGCUAAAAAUAAAGGUGUGGCCAAGGGAAAAAAGAAAAAUAAUAAAAAAAGGGCAAAUAAGUGGAAAAAGUGGCAGAGCAAAGCCCAGUCAAAGCCAAAGUAGUUUAGAUACUUGGAGAAAGAUUUAAUUUUGAAGAUUGCUAAAUGAGAAAAGCAUUUUCUCUUAGUGCCUUAGGGAUUUCCAAAUUGCCUUGGCAAAAAAGCCAGAAAGAACAGAGAGAAAUCUUGUAAACUGAAAAGGAGUAUGUGCUCUUAACUCUUUCUUAACUAGGAGGUGGUAAACUCAUUUUAGAAAGCCUUUCUAAAUUAAUAUAAUACAGCCAAAGAAAGGUAAUUGAGGGUUUUUUUUAAACUAUUAUAGGCCUUCCAUAAGGAUCACAAAUAGGUCAGGCUUGUAAUACCAGCAAAAAGAAAAUUGCUGUAUUCAAGUCAAAUGUACUGUAUUCCCUAGGUUGAGUUGUUGGAGGUUUGUAUUAUAAAUAUUCUUUCAAAGAUUGACUUGGACUUGUUUUUUGUAAAAUUCCAUUACAAAAGACUAAAAUUGUAACCUGUUCCUUACAACAAAAUCAUUUUCUGAUUGUGCAACUGUCAGUUGAUGGUAGAAGCAAAAUGUGUUCCUGCUAAACAGGUUUGGUGACUUAUAAAAUCAGCUACCUAUUGGUGUUAAAUUUCAUGAAUGUUAAAAUACAUUAGUGAAUGCUGUGAUUAUAAGUGCAUUUUCCAGAAAUGUGUUGAAUUCCUAACUUAUUCUAACUGCCAGAACUAAUAUUUAGUUGAUUUAUUGUGAAGCUCAAGGUUUCCCCCCUCACUGUAAUACAGUCAUGUUUUUACAAAAUUAGGACCACGCUUAAAAGGUAUGAACUGAUAGAAAUUCCUCUCAGAAAUCUGUUGGUCAUUAGAAACUGGUCCUCGAUAUAUUUCAGUAUCCACUAGAGUAAACAAGUUCUGAUGAAAACUCAGGCAAUAAUCCUUAAAGCUACUGUCAAGUUAUCGUAACAAACAUUAACUGUAUUAGAUGUAUUGAACGGUCAUAAAUGAAUACUUCCUUAACCACCCUUGACACCUAAAAGGCACACAUAAUAAUUCCAUCUGGAAUAGGGUGAGCCAUCUCAGUGGUAUAUGUGUUAUUAAUUGUUAACUGCUGAUGGUGUGUAGUGUGCUUUAAAUUUGCA